GAAUGGGAACCAAGGAGGGAGGAGAUCACAACACAACGCCGCUGUCCCAUGCUCAGAGGGUUUGGAUUGAGUUUUACCUGCCUCUGCCUCAACCCUCUCCCUCGUUCCCUCCUCCCCUCCCCUCCAGCCCGACUGGAGCCGCAGAGGAUUGUUCAGUGAGGAUCAGAGCGCCUCUCGCUGCUCUGCCUGCCUCACGUUUGCACACCGGAAUGCUCCGGCAGGCGCACACUCAGACAACUUUCUCUCCCUCACACUCACUUACAUGCUCAUAAGCAGGGCAGGUAAACACACACACACACACACACACACACACACACACACCUCCUGUUAUCUGUGCAGUGUGAGCAGCUGUAUUUCACUCCUCCAGCACCGCAGCAGCAGCAGCAGUAAAAGGAGGAGGAGGAGGAGGACAUCACUGGACAUCAACAGAGCGUGCAGACGCCAUGGAGGAGACCCUCACCUGCAGCCACGUCACUUUCUCCCAGGUGUUCGGGCGCCAGGGACUGCUGAUGCAGGCCACCAUCCAGUCUCUGAACAGCCUGAACGACCAGAUCGCUCAGUUCAUGGUGACCCGACCCUGCAGUCUAGCUGAUGACGAUGAAGCCUUUAUGCCUGAAGAGAGGGACACCUUGAGGAAGUCCAUGACUCUGAUGAGACACCUGCUGAUGGACGCUCAGGGGAAAAUCCUUAAAAUGAUGGAAGACAACAAACAGCUGGCUCAGAGGAUUGAUGGGGCCAUCCAGUCCGCCACUCAGGAAGUGACGAACCUCCGAUCUGAGCUGUCCGCCACCAGCCGCAGACUGGCAGAGCUGGGAGCCAGCAGCCCCCCUGCCAUAGAGAACCACCACCAGCUCAACCACCACGAUGACAGCCUCCGCUAUCGAGAUCCAUCAGUGCAUCACAGGCAGAAGACGGUGGUGACGGACAUGUGCUACCCGACAGAGAUAUCCAGCCUGAUGGACUUUGGCACCCCAGACUGCUCGCUGGGCAAAGUGCUGUUGCAUGAAGAGGUGGUCCAGCUCCAAGAAGAGGUCCACCUGCUGAGGCAGAUGAAGGACAUGUUGAGCAAAGACCUGGAGGAGACCCAGGGAGGCUGCUCCGCCAAUCUGCUGUCUGCCACCGAGCUCCGCGUGCAGCUGAGUGACAAGGAGCAGGAGCUGGACCGAGCCAAGGAGGCCCUACAAGCCAUGAAAGCUGACCGAAAGCGCCUAAAAGUGGAAAAAUCAGACUUGGUGAAUCAGAUGCAGCAGCUGUACGCAACACUGGAGAACAGAGAGGAGCAGCUUCGAGAGUUUAUACGCAACUAUGACCAGCACAGAAAGGAGAGCGAGGAUGCAGUGAAAGUCUUGGCAAAGGAGAAGGACGUACUCGAGAGGGAGAAGUGGGACUUGAGGAGACAAACCAAAGAAUCCACGGAGCAGGCCACCAUCCUGCGCUCUCAGAUCGACAUGAAGGAGAACCGGAUCAAGGAGCUGGAGGCUGAGCUCACCAUGGCAAAGCAGUCUCUGGCCACUCUAACAAAAGACGUACCAAAACGCCACUCUCUGAUCAUGGCGGCGGAGCCUGUGGUGAACGGCAGUCAGGAGUGGGUGAUGCAGGCCGACCUGCCGCUCACGGCCGCCAUCCGUCAGAGCCAACAGACGCUCUACCACGGACACAUCACGGACAGACAGGCUGUGGUCAGGAUCAGCCCCUGCCACACCCGCCAGCCCUCCGUCAUCUCUGACGCCUCAGCGGCUGACGGGGACCGCUCGUCCACGCCGAGUGACAUCAACUCGCCUCGCCAUCGGACUCACUCCCUCUGUAAUUCCAUGGAAGACCUAGAAGACCAGAAGCGUAAGAAGAAGAAGGAGAAGAUGACUCUGGGAUCUUUAUCYCGAGUGUUCACUCGAGGAAAGCAACGCAAGUCUUUGGACCCCGGCUUGUUUGAUGACUCUGACAGCCUCAUACAGCACAGCAUGUCUGACGGAGAGGAGCAGCUGGACCGCCUCCAGCAGGCCGAGCUCACCCGGAACACCUGCAUGUCCCUGUGGAGGGCGGGGGCCGUCCGGGCCUGGAUGGAGGUCGUCAUGGGAAUGCCCAUGUACAUCCAAGCCUGCUCCGAAAAUGUCAAAAGUGGCAAGGUGUUGCUGGGUCUGACGGAUGAGGAUUUGGAGAUUGGGCUGGGCGUCAGUAAUCCACUUCACCGCAGAAAAAUAAGACUGGCCAUCGAGGAUUACAGAAGAGCUGAAGGGGAGCAGGGGCUUUCAAAAGCGUCUGAGAUGGACCACCACUGGGUCUCGACGUCGUGGCUGAGUGACGUCGGGCUGCCUCAGUACUGCCAGACCUUCCAGACUCACCUAGUGGACGGACGAGUGCUGAACUCUCUCAGCCGCAGAGACUUMGAGAAAUUCCUCAACAUUGGCGACUACUUCCACCAGACCAGCCUUCUUCUGGCAAUCCAGCUGCUGCAGAUGCUCAGCUUUGACAAAGAGGCUCUGCAGGCCCGACGGACAAAAUGUGAGCACCAAAACCGGGACCCCGUGGUUUGGACGUGCCACAGAGUGAUGAAAUGGAUCAGGGACAUCGACCUGGAGGAGUUCGCAGACAAUCUUCAGGGUAAAGGGAUUCACGGUGCUGUGAUCGCUCUGGAUCAGUCCUUUGACACAGAUGUCUUUGCCAACGCUCUGGGGAUCCCCAGCAACAAACACAUGCUGCACCGACACCUGUUUGAGGAACUGAAGUUACUCACUGCCCCUCUCAGCAAUGCAGAGCAGAACUCUAAGGUCAUCAAUUCUUCUCCUGUGGCUGUCAAUCAGUUUUCUGAUGAGAGGGUGUCAAUCAGAAGACUGGGAAAGGUUCACCUAAGGCUACGAGCAAACAGUCACUCUGUGGAGCGGAGUCUGGGCUUCCACGGCAGCUGUGGCUCUCUGCCCAGAGAGGCCCGGGUUCAGGCUGUCCCUCGAGUCAAAGGCAGCCCCGUGCACACCUACAAGAGCGUAGAAGUCACUAACGUGUGAAGCAGACACUGUUUACACUGCUGCUUUUAUUGUUUUAUAGCUGUUUACUGCUGAGUCAGGAGUUCUCUGAAUGGCACAUAAAAACUUAUUAAUUCAAAUUUCCUUUAAUUUCAACAAAUUUCACCAAGAUUUGUAAAUAAUGUGACAUGUUAUGUUUGUUUUGAAUAUUAAAAGAUAGCAUUGGGUUUGGUGUCAUUAAAAAAACUAAACUGACUGUAGAUGAGAUGAAAUAUGAAUAUUCUAAAAAUGUUCACAAGCUCUUUGCUGCUUUAWGUAAAUUAGGAGCUCUUUCUUCUUAUUUAAACUAUUCUAAUUAUUUAGGUGUAUUAUAUAUAAUUUAUUACAUAUGUAAGAUUCAGAAAAGAUAAGUUUUUAAAGCAGAGACAUGUUGCUUUCAUUCUGAGAAGGCCAUGCUCUGCUCUUCUAACACUAAUUACUAAAUAAAUCCAGUUAAUGCAAAAGUAGCAGCUUAGGUCUAAUUUAUAUAUUUUAAUGUUCCAGAAGCUGUCACAAACCCAUACGUUUUGUUUGCAACAUUUAUACAAAUUUGACAUUUAAGGAACAAAAUUCAGACUUUUUCGCUCACAGCUGAUUUGUAUUUUUGUCAUUGAAGUUAGAAACGAUCCAUCGCAGAAGUUGCACAUAUAUUUUGACGUACUCUGACAAAAAUAAGGUUUAAUUAUCAAGAAAUCAAUUUAUUGUUAAACCCACUGCAUUUAUUUAAAUGUGCUUUCAUUUACAAAGUGCUAAAAGGCAGGAAAACCAAAAAUAAUAUUCAAAAACAUCAGUUUAAUAAGAAACUAUCAAAACCAAUAGAAGUUAUGAGCAUCUUCUAAUUUCUUAUACGGGGCCAAAAGAUAUUAGCAGCAAGCUGAACCUCAAUUAUUCUGAACUUUUUUUUUUAAAUUCUAGCUCAGUUUUUGUUUUCUAAAAUCAGAGGAGCUAAAGUCUUUAUAUUAAUUGGAAAAGUCAGUGAAUUAAAACCAAUUACUGUUUUUUAGGGAUUAAAUUAAAACAGAAAUCUUCCAUCAUGGUUUAACUUUUGUCACAUAUAAAGACACACAGCUGAAUUCUGGGAUAUGAAAUCAUGAUGUGUAAAACUGAAUGUGUUUUAAUAAAGUCAACAUGUUGCUUUUCACUUUUGGAAAUUUACUUGUACAUUUUGUACAAUUUGUUUACAUUGUAAAUGCCAAACAAAUGCUUCCUGAUUUAAAAAAAAAAAACGUAUCAAAUCUGUCAAGUGACUGAGUCACUGAACGAAACCCCCUCCUUUCACAUUGUUUCAAACCGGUUCUCUUGCCUUUUUCUGGGCGUCUCCUUCAGUCACUGAAGUAAAGCUGUUUAAGCGGGAAGAUCAGACCUGCUCAAACUUGUAUAGCAGAAGAAAAGAUGGACUUAAACAUUGUUUUAAAGUCAACAUUAGCAUCCGUUUGACAGAAACUGUCCCUCACCAAGCUGUCAGCACAUUACAGACAGCUCAGCUGCCAGUGUGACAUUGUAAAUGAUGUUUUUUAAGAGCAAAAGCAUUAAAACUUGUGUUAACAAACAGAAACAAAAAACAA